UAAAAGCAGUUGCUGAGACAAAGCUAAAAUUCUUCUUCAGAUCCACAAUCAACUCUGCUGACUACAUUCUGCAAAAAAUCCAGAGGACGAAGAGCCAUGGAUUACUACAGAAAGUAUGCAGCUGCCAUUCUGGCCAUAUUGUCUCUGUUUCUGCAAAUUCUCCAUUCCUUUCCUGAUGGAGAGUUUACAAUGCAGGGUUGUCCUGAAUGCAAGCUAAAAGAAAACAAAUACUUCUCUAAGCCAGAUGCUCCAAUUUAUCAGUGCAUGGGGUGCUGCUUCUCCAGGGCAUACCCCACUCCAGCGAGGUCUAAGAAGACAAUGUUGGUUCCUAAGAACAUCACCUCGGAAGCCACAUGUUGCGUGGCCAAAGCAUUUACCAAGGCCACAGUGAUGGGAAAUGUCAGAGUGGAGAACCACACCGAGUGCCACUGCAGUACUUGUUAUUAUCACAAAUCUUAAAUAUUUUGCAAUGGGCCAUGUUGAUGAUGGUUGAUUUGCUCAAAAGGAAAAUUAAUUUGUCCAGUGUCUAUGCCUUUGUGAGAUAAAACCCUCCUUUUCCUUGCCAUACCAUUUUUAACCUGUUUUGAGAAUAUACUGCAGCUUUAUUGCUUUUCUCCUUAUCCUACAAUAUAAUCAGCAGUCUUCAUCUUUUCAUUUGGAAUGAAAUAUGGCAUUUAGCAUGACCAUAAAAAACUAGUUCUACUGGAAAUAAAGUCUUUUAAAUCAUCACU